AUGGCCCCGGAGUCUCUCACUCUUACUACCACCGAAGAACAGCAGAACGACGUUACAGUGGGGACUAUCACUUGCACUGCACCUAUCCCGUUUGGAGGGGAUGAACAAUGGCUUUACCUACCCGCAACCAAGAAGUUCGAUCUGUCUCGGGGUUCACGGCAGAAGAUGGUCUUCGAGUGCGAUGAGGAAGAUCGUAACCACACCGGCUUUAUGAUUGACCCUGGCAACUCGGUUUUGAUUGUUGUCGACAUGCAAAACUACUUUGUUCACCCACUCUAUCGGGAUCACGCCGCAGGCAUCGCCGCUAUCGAGCCGACUUUGAAAGUCAUCGAGAGAUGCCGUAAGGAGGGGAUCCAAAUUGCCUGGCUGAACUGGGGAAUUAGCGACCAUGACUUGAAAAAGAUGGCACCCGCUAUCCAGCGAGGCUUCAGCAAGACUCUGGGAUGGCACGUCGGACUUGGCGCACAGCUACCCGAUGGUCAGGGAAGGUGCCUGUUCAAGCGGACCUGGAACGCCGAACUCUACGAUCCGUUCAAGGCAGUCGCUCAGCCUGGCGAUUUGUUCUUCGACAAGACACGCAUGAGCGGACUGUGGUCCGAGAAGGAGCCUCUUCAUGAGUACCUCCGCGCAUCCGGCAAGCAGACACUUCUCUUCGCUGGCGUCAACACGGACCAAUGUGUUUUUGGCACCGUGUCAGACGCCUACUCUUACGGAUGGGACUGUAUUUUGCUUCGCGACUGCACAGGCACCAUGACAGGCCGAGGAGCUCAGGAACUUGCCGAGUACCAAAUCUCGCAGAACAUGGGGUUUGUGACAAACAGCAGCAUAUUCUGCGAGGCGCAGAUUUGCUGUUCGGACCAAGUGGGAAUCUCCAUUAAUGUCGUAAUUGCUGUACUGACAAUUCACAGACUUCAACACGCUGAGAUAAUUCCUACCGUCAUUGACGACUUCCUGCCUAGUCUCACACUGUCGGUUCUUUGGUCAGAUGCCAAAGCUAAACUCGGCAACACUAUCGAGCCAGACUAUCUUGGAGAACAACCCACCAUUGUUCUACACGAUGACACAAGCCCGGACGGAAUGCACAGUGCCUCCGACAUGAGCUACGUCGUCACACUCACCGACCCCGACGCGCCAUCACGCGACAACCCAGAAUGGAGCGAAGUUUGCCAUUGGAUUGCUGCCAACGUCACCACAGCGCCGAACACGUUCUCGAUCCUACCCCUACCAGAGUUUGGUCUUACGGAAGAGACCGAGUCGACUGACGGCGGUCCGGAAGAUGUGAUGGAGUACAAGCCUCCUGGCCCACCACCGAAGACUGGCAAGCACCGCUACGUGUUCCUCGUCCUUGCGCCAAAGAACGGGACGACCGAGCCGCUUCAUGUGAGUAAGCCAGAGGAUCGCCAGCAUUGGGGUACUGGAAAGGAGGGCGGUGGUGUGCGAGAGUGGGCUAAGCACAAUGGCCUCGUGCCUGUUGCUGCCAACUUCAUAUACUCGCAAAACGAUAAGCAGUAGAUACGCAUCGACGCGCUUACUGUGUGCAUGGAAUGCCGAGGGCACAUGUAUAUCCAAUGGCUGUUUUUCUUUUCGAAAUCUCUCUGCAAACGGCGGAGGUGUACUGUCAAUAGCGUACACAUAGCAUUAAUACCAAUAAUCUCGUAACGAAUGCACG